GCGCAACAAAUGGCAAGAGUAUCGGCAUUGUUGAAGAGGGACAACUUCGAGGUUCGGGCUGAUAGUCCGCAGCCCAACUCGGGGUGGUGAUAGUGCUAGUGCAGCGCAGCCAUGUGCAUCCAGCGUACAGUAAAGGUACAUACCUAACCUACCAGGUAGAUAGAAGCCUGCCGUCUACCGUACAACUUGAACGCUGCACAGUGCAUCGGAAAGUCUCGCCGCUUUUGCUCCCCGACUGCGGCUGGGCCAUUGAGCUGCACCAGACAUCAUCCCGCCGCUCUGGGCGCUUCUUUCUCGCAAACUGCGCCCGAUGAAAUCCACUCUGCUAACUGCGCCGUGACCCCCAGUCACCUGAAUCCUAUCCUAUCACUCCUCCUACAUCAACAAACUCCAUCCACUGCACCCAUAGUCGCCGACAAACGCUCCUUACACCUUCAGCGCCCUCCUGCGACUACUGUAUUCCUGUAACACCGCGCUUCGUCUGACCAGCAAACCGCAAAGUCGGCAUUCCAGCCCUAUAACAGCCCGAUCACAGGCCUACUGGUCAAACCCUGCUUUCUGCCGACGUCCGCGCGUGUCAUUAUCCGCCUCGACUGCAAUCAUCCAUCCCUUCGCGAUCCCGGCUUUGGCACCACUACUUCACCAUCCCUCCAUUUCCACCCUGCUCGCCUCAUUAACCCGUCACCACUCAGUGUCGCUUCUUGUACAGUCUCAGCGCAUCGCUUUCGCAUGCCGCAAGCGCCACCUUUACGAUCAGUCUCUCCGACAAGCGGCCGCAAACGGCUCGACAAACGCUCGCAUUUCUCGGCCUCUCCGUGCGAAAUCACCUUGUCAUAAUACCACACCCUCGUUUGGAUACCCGACUCAGAGUUUCUCAAGACGUACACGACGAUUUGAACGGCGAUCGACUUGCGCCCUCACCAGUCUCCGACUGCUAGCUUACCCCCGGAUUUUUUGUCUAGGGACGUUUCCACCCUCGGCCAAACGACAUUGCGUGAGUCGGAGCUGCCAGAUAUUGGUUGGUGGUAGGUGUGCGCUGUCGGUGUGCCGGCCAUGCAGCACUUGAUGGUACAACUCGUGACAAUAUGAACGGGGAAAGGCCCACGGCCAACGGAGAACAUUUUUCAAAUGGCAUUCAACAAGACACCCUGAAGGCGGAGCAAAGUGGCGGAGAAAUAAAGAAAGAGCAUUACAGUUCGGGCUUUUCUGCUCCUGGAGGCGAGCAAACGCCGCAAUCUCAUGCCGCCAAUGGAGACACUCACGCAAAUGAUCCUUCCAAGGACGAUAGUAAAACCGGAGUCGAUGAGGCGCCCACGGACAUUUUGAACCUCAUUCCAAAAGACCAUUAUCUACCAAUAGCCGCUUUAAUAGGCCGAGCCGCUCAAUCGUGCUGGAAUGGGUUGACAGAACUUGUGGAAGAACUUGCAUCGAUCCAAGUUCCAGAGCAGCCAGCUGAACAAACCAAAGUUCUCCCCAACAAUCUGCCCAACAACCAGACCAGGGAAAACCUGGACAAAAAGGAAAGAUUACUCCGAUUUGCCAAUGAUCAAAAAGCCGAUUUCAUCAAGCUCUUGGUACUUUUACAAUGGAGCAAAAAUGUGGAAGAUGUCAGCAAAACCAUUUCGAUCAAUUUCUGGCUGAUGAAACGGCGUCAAGCCUACUGGGAUGUCAUAGCUUCGCUGGCCGCCCUCAAACAAGAAUCUGCCGGCUUUCAAAUACCCAAUCCUGACCUCAAAGGAGCCGCCGAGGUACUUUCAACAGGUCGCAUGCGGAACUUCCCUACCUUGGGCUACAUCCCACAGAAAGAUCUGUCUGACAAGCAGAUUCUCCGAAUCUUGAGAACUCUAGACCGAUCUCUCAGCGUGAGGUUGACGCUUUCGGACGAUUUGCCUCCCCAACUUCGAAGGUACCGGGUACAUGAUGGCCGCGUUACAUUCACCGUGGCCAACGAAUUUGAGGUGGACCUGUCGGUUCUAGAUGACAAACCGGACGCGCCGUUCCGCAUGGUAGAUUUCCGCUUCGGCUUCUCACCAUCACCUCACAUUCCAGACCAUUUGCGGGCCGAGAUCGAGUUAUAUGCCAACACCAACAUUGACCGCGACGGAUUGCGAGGGUGUUACCUUUUCUUGCAUGAAUUGACACUGUCCUACAAACUGGCCGAAUUCCACAAGCAAGCUGUCGAGCUGGCACGAGGCCAAUGGACCGGGAACCUUCGUGUGGAAAUGAUUCGUCGAAACCUGGUCAUCCAGUAUUGGCCCGAACGACCAAUCGGUAAAAGCUGGAUUGAGAUUGGCAUCGCCAGUGGGAGGACGAAGAAAAGUGGGCAAACACAAGAUGCCAUUCCCUUCCUUGAGAUCAAAUCCAUACGACAGGGCAAGCGGGCGGAGGCAUUACACUUACAUCUGGACGACUCGGUCGUAAGUUUCGAGGAUGUGCUCCGUCAAAUUAUUGCACAACAUUCUGUACAGAUUUUGAACUCUAUUUACGACAAGUUGGUUCCUACGCCACUUUUCGCAAAUGCCGAGCUGUUACUGGAACAGACUAGCUCGGAGAAGGAUCCAGAGGAGUGCCAGUUGACCAUGCAAGUAUCUCAAUCUUCGCGUGUGCAGAUCAAGGUUGAGCCAGUUACGGGUGUGCUUCUGAUAAGCCCAGUGAGCGAAAGAAGCGAGCGUUUGCAAUAUGAACUCAAUCGGAUACAAGGCGUGCCUGAGGAGAUUGUGUCGAAACUGCUCAACUUCAGAUGCAGUGUGAGGGAAGCUUCAGUUCUUGCAGGCAUUACAGCUACUAGCUGGGAAGCCUUGAAAGCGUUCAAAUUCAACCAGGCCGAACUCAAAGCCUUGUUCGGGAGCCCUGUUGUACGGAUCAACAUGUUUCGGCAACUUCCAUGGGGCUUGGAUUAUACUCUGGCUGUUACCCAUGGUCAAGCUGGUGAUCAUUGGUGGUUGUUGCAACAAUUAUCUUCCUCAGGAGUCAACCUCCAGCCACGAUUCCGUGUUAUCCGGUCGCAACGGAUUGAGAUUGCGGAAGAGCUAUCAGCAGAACAUUUCGAGCAGCUCGCAGAAUAUGCAACCGGGUUGAUCUGUCUCCAACGUAACGUCGACUAUCUGAAGCAGAAGGGAGAGAAAGUUGAAUUGCCGCCACUUCCCACAUUUGGACGGACAUACACAUUGCCCGAGAUCUCAUACGACCUCGACCUAUCCAGGCCGGCAUUCGCUGGUAAGGAUACAUCUGCGCCCAAGGCUGCCCAUCCGGAGGCUUCAGAGCCGGCGAUGGCUGCCAAUUCCUCCAGGAGCAUGAAAUUGCGGUUUGGUGGGCUAGAUCGGGCCAUGAGCAAGGUGACCAUGAUCGGGCAGUUCCAGACUCACGCAAGCUCAGCCGUACUGAAACACAUUGACAGCUCUAUUCUGGACCCUGAUGUGACGCUGAACUAUGAAGACCGAGCGGUCAGCAUUCGAAUCGACACUGCGGUGGCGGAGCCUGGUGUUCCCGAGAUAGUGGCCAAGGCUGUGGACGUUGAAAAGACGGUGUCCACAGUCGAACAGAUCCAUCGUCUACCGGGAUUGCAGUUGAAGAAUCUCUCGAAAUCUGCCUUCACAAUCACCUAUCACGCGGAUCCGCCGAAGGAAUAUGGCUUGACCAUGACUUUCACACGAGGCAGUGAUGUUCCUCGCCUUGAAUUCCUGCCUCCUGAAGAUAACCCACAUACUUUACUCAACGAAUUCUAUUCGAAGCAUUUCGCAGCGGGCCGCUCUUCGUUCUCGAGUCAAGUUCGAGAUUUCUUCACUUCUCUCACGGUGACACUUCCGCUGUUGACGUUUCUCUGCAGACUUCAGGAUCGACAUGGACUGGAUUCGAAAGAUACACAGGUACCAUCUACUGCAGACGGCCAGAAGAGUGCGCUCCGGGUGCACGUUCUUCCCAGGACUACAACGGCUUUUGCAUUACAAUAUUUUACCGCGGCAGGUCAAGCCCCAUCCGACGUUGCCGGGCCUGGUUCUAAUCCGCACAUGCUGGCUCGACUGGAAAUCUUGCCACAUCUCAACGUUCCCGAGAAGCCCAUGUGGCUAGUGCGGGCGGCAUUGGAGGACUUCCAGUCGUAUUCUAGGCCGUCGUAUUCCAGUCCGGCGUUGCGGAAUAAACUGCGUCAAGAGAUCUUUUCUCGAACAGACAAUGGAGGGAAGUGGUUGGCCCUUGACACGGCUGCGGUUUGCAAAGCUGACGCACCGGAGACGUUACUUCAAGCCAUCCACGACCUGUUCUGUACUUGGGUCAAGGAGAGAAUGGCAGGAGAAGGCGAGGUCGACAAUAUUUCCAACAAGCAGCAGCAGCAGCAGCAGCAAACAGGUCGGCCAAACAACAUGGCCCCCAACAACUUGAACCUGAAUGCUGCCACUACAGGUGGAACUAUGCCCAACCUGAGUCUCCCGGCCAAGUUUAGUCAGUCGGUCAAGGCUCCUUUAUCGGCUGCAAAUAAAAUGCAGCAGGCGCAGCAGCAGCAGAAACAACAGCAACAGCCACAUUUUGGCAUGAACAUGAACAUGAAUGGUCCUCCGCCCAAUGGAGCCAUCAAGGCCACUCCUCAUCAGUGGCCGCCUCCCAGUGCCAACUUGAUGAAUAUGGGAAGGAACACUUCUGGAUCCAAUAAUGCUGCUGCAAAGGGCAAUUCCAGUAGUGGUGGUGGCAAUAAUCCACAGGGCAACAAGGACGUGAUUACGAUUGACUAGCUUAGCUUAGCUUAGCUGGACUUAUGUUGAAGCGGAACUUGAAUCCCUGCGAGCUUAGAUACCAAUGUUUUGAUUAUGGAGAAUAUGGAGAUUAGUUGUGACUCGAUUAAUGAAUUGUGUGACUUAUCUGCCACUGCUACUUCCACUACUGCUGAGACCCGGGGAAGGGAGGACUCGGAUUGCAGUGCUUGACAUGACAAUUUUAGGAUGAGAGUGGAAUGGGAUCACUUUUUGAUGAUCCAUAAUACUGCCUCAGUAGUACCUAGGUACUGUACAGUACUACAUUAGUAGGUAAGGCAGGCAUGCUCUUGUUCAAUUGGAGUUCCAAUCGAGAAUUGAAUCCAGAAAUCAAUCAACCGUAUCUUAUCAUUUCAACAUUGCAGUUCAGUGAGCGGCCUUUUAGCUUUGAGGCGAGUCUUUUAUAUUGGACCAAGUUUUUGACCCUGGUUUGCAGCGUUUCAUUGGAAUUGUUUGUGCAGUGCAGUGCAUAGAUAAUAUAUACAGCGCAAACCAACAGAGCAUAGGUAGGCAUAGUAUUGACAUUGCUAUUGAGCAGCAAAUCGAUCAACAAUUCUCAUCGUCAUCAUGACCAUGACCAAGCAUGCAUUGCAUGACCCCAUGUCAGCGGUUGCGGUUGCAGUUGCCAUUUGAUACAGCUUGUGCUGUCAGUCCGGACCGUGCCAAUGGUUUAAUGACCAACGGCAAUCGUCCUCUCCUUAUUCUUCAACCUCUCCUUGAUUUCCGCCUUCCGCUCCUUCCUCAACUUGGACGCAUACCUGACCCCAAAGCCAUGCUGGAACACCUCACCGAUCUCCUCGAGCGUCAGACCCGAAACCUCGGGAUAAAACAGAAUGAUCAGCACCCAUCCAAUACCGCAGAUGGCCGCAUAAAAGGCAAAAGCACCCGAAGGGCUCAUUCCCUUCAUCAUUGACAGGAAAGUCGAGCUGACAAUGAUAUUCGAUCCCCAACAAGAACAAGUCAACCACAUUGUUCCCAUGGCCCGGACUUCCAUGGGGAAGAAAUCGGUGCUCAUCCACGCGGUGUUUCCGACCGAGACACCGUAGAAGAAGACGAACCAGAUAAUAAACACCAACACGACAAUGGCGGGAGCGGAGACUUUUGCGUUUUCAAGCGCCAAUGUCUUGCGGUCGAUCGGGAUGAAACUGAAUGCCACAGCCACGGCGAUCAGGCCCGCCGACAUGCCCCAGACGGUCGCGAUAAGCACCCUACGUCGGCCCACGGGGUCAACGAGCAUCAUGUUCACCCAGGUCAUGAGGAAGUUCGUGCCUGCGACCACGAGCCCCACGGCCACGGGGUCCGAGAAGCCGACAAGGGCGAAAAGCGUGGAGGAGUAGUACAUCAGCGUGUUGAAGCCGGACAUUUGCGAGAUCACCAUCAGUCCACAGGCGCAGACUAGCGCGCGGAAGUUGGCUGGGUUGGUGUGUAGUUGUUUGAUCUUGCUCCAGCGCGAUUGGUCUUCGUUGAGUUCUUUGGCUUCCUCGCAGGCGGCGGCGAUCAGGGCCGUUUUGGCACGCACUUGUUCGGCUGAUGCGCCUUUGUAGAUCUUUGCGAGGACAGAUUCGGCCUCGGCGAUGCGGCCGUGGUAGACCAGUUGACGAGGUGAUUCCUGGAAAGCGAUGUUAGUACAUGUGCACAUGCGACUCAAAAGGUUGGUGGUUGGUGGGCCUUGCCCGUCGGGGCAAGAGAGGAGUGAAUCUUACCGGGCAGAAAGGCAAUAGACAAGCCAGAAGAAUAGCGGGCACUGCUCCGAGGCCGACCAUGUCUGUUUUUGGGAAUUCUGUUAGUUACCGCGCGGACAACAAAUGGUGUAACCCUCGUCAAAGGGUAGGCGGUCGAACUUACAUCUCCAGCCGUGGUCAACAUGUGCAAAGGCUGCACCAAUACCGUAGGAAAUCACCUGGCCACCAGUAAUCGACAUGUUGUUCAGGCCGAUGAGACGCCCACGGACUUUGGUCGGGGCAAUCUCUGCAAUGUACAGAGGCACCACCAUGGCAGCCGAGCCGACACCGAAUCCGACGACCAGUCUGCCCACGGACAUCUGGGCGAUCGAGUACGCGGCAGCUUGGAGGAUGGCUCCGAUGGUGAAGAGCGCACAGCCGACGUAGAUGGCGAUUUUGCGACCGAACUAGACCACCGAAAAUGUCAGCAUCUAUCUGUUCAGCAAAUACUAUUCGUAUCUCUCUUACCUGGUCAGCAGUCAAACCAGCAAUGAUGGCACCGAUAAAAGCACCACCGGAGCAAAGAGAGGUGAUAAGUUCCUUUUCGUUCGACGAGGUUGGCCGGUUGUUCAGGUCGUUGUGGAGAUAGACCAGCACGGCGGAAAUAAUGCCCGUGUCGUAGCCGAACAAGCUACCAGCAAUAGAUGCCGUGGCCGC